AUGUUCGGCUUGUCGCCGAGCGGCCAUCAACUGCGAACUCAUUGUCUCACGCCGUGGAAACCUCGUCACAACCCUCAAGUUGAGCAGCCACAGCCAUCAAUUGGCCUGACCAGAGGCCAAGGUGAUGGAGCCGAAAGCGUUAGUUCUCCGGAUUCGGCGAACUGGACUUCCACCAACUUCAAUGCUUCUGCUCCGCUCAGCAGCAAUGCGGAUGCGACUCCAGAUGCGGAUGCGGAUGCGGAUUAUAAGUCCUGGAACGAGACGCUCCAUCACUUCGCAGCCAAAGGCUUGGAUCCAGACACGCAGCGGUUUCUACACGAAAGCCGUCAACAUGAUUUCGAGCAGCUUCACAGGCUGGGGGCAUUCGUGAAGCCCCCCGACGAAUUCAGCGACGCGCUCCUGCAUUCCUUUUUCAGAUAUGUCCAUCCUGUCCAUCCGAUUCUAUGUCGCUCGAAAGUCCUCGAAUCAUACCAAUCAGGCCAGCUUUCGCCUCUACUGCUCAAUGCCAUCUAUCUGGUGGGCGUGUCGCAUGUUCCCGAGGCUGUGUACAAGGCGGCGGGCUUCAAAAGCCGGUAUAUUGCAAACGUCACCUUCUACCAACGAGCCAAAGCUCUCUACGAUGCAAACCACGAACAGGAUUCCAUCACCACCCUCCAGGCUCUCGUUCUGAUGUCGCACUGGUGGGGCCGGUUGACAGAGCCGAAAUCUUCCUUAUACUGGUUGGGGGUUGCCGCGGUCCUGGCAGAGUCAUUGCGCAUGCACAAAGCGUUCGUUGCUCCUCCAGUACUUUGGACUGGUCGCUGA